UUCUUUUUACAUAGAGAAAAAAUGUCCAUCAAAUUCAAUCCCAUCCUUGGGACUCUCUAUGUGGUGGUUGCCACCGUUCUCCUCCGUGUCUCUGACGCACAGGGCGGUCGGAAAGGGGCUAUCGUAGGCGGUUGGAAUCCCAUUACCAAUUUAAGUGACCCCGAGGUCGUGGAGAUAGGAAAAUUUGCGAUAGAUGAACACAAUAAAGAGGCUAAGACAAAAUUAGGGUUUCAAAAAAUAACUAAAGGAGAAAGCCAAGUUGUCGCCGGAAUUAAUUAUCGACUAGUCAUCUCCGCCAAAGACGGUGACUCACCACCACAUAACUACUUAGCUGAGGUGUGGGACAAGCCAUGGGAGAAAUUUAGGAACCUUACUUCAUUUAGAGAAUGUAGCAUAGAAAAUGUAGAACAACAAUGUAUGUUUACUAAUUAAUUUAGUUGAUAAUAACAUUAUAUCUGAACGAAGUAUUUUAUUCUUCGAAAGAAAUCUAAUAUAUGUAAUAUUUAGAAGCUAAUGAAAUGAAUUUUCAAUUUAUAUGAAA